AUGAGGCCUCUGACACUGGCGGCCAUCUGCCUGGCGGUGGGUGCCAAGGCCAGCUCCUCUGCAGCGCUCCCGGCUUGCCUCGCCGAGCCUCGGCUGGAGGGCCAGACCAGGCUGUGCGUACAUGGAGCAGUCAGCCGCCCCGACCCGCCAACCGUCGUUCAUGUGGCAGCAGACUACUUAAACCUGCUGGUGGUGCUGACACCCCCAGCCUUCACAGGAUCUGACACCAUCUUGGGAUACCGCGUCGUGGGUGUGCCCUCCGGCGGCGGCGCCAAUCUCACGCUGGGAGGAACUCGCCAGCUUGGGAUGACCUUGGACGCCAGCAAGAGGCUGCUGCAGCUGAGCAUGGCCGGUGUACCGCUCAAUCGGCAGUACACCUUCUCCGCCCACACCUCCAACUCCGCCUUUGAGAGCGCCGCCAGCUCACCCUUCACCUUCACCACGCCCCCGCCGAAGCCGGGCGCAGCUGCCAGCCUUGAUGUGCAGAGCUCAAGAGAGAAUGGCAUCAGGAUUGGUGUGCACCUGUUGUAUGACCAGGGUCUGUCCCAGGCAGAGAGGGCUGCCCGCGCAGCAGGCAUUGCGGCCUACAAGCUGGUGCUGGUGCCGGAUGGCGAUGGCCAGGCGCUCACCGCAACCGUGAAUGGCCCGCCCGCGUACGACAGCAGCGACGGCGACUACAUAUACCAUUUUCAAUUCCCCGAGGGCUGGCGGGAGUGCAAGUGGUACACCAUCAAUGCAUAUGCCAUCAACCUGGAUGGGGACGAGGCGCCCGCUUCCCAAUUGCGCUACCUGACCUCCUGCUGGGUGCCCUCCUCUGACGUCACUUCCGUCAGGCUGACCCCCGAAAACGUGUUGGAGGUCGUUUUCGAUGCUUCCAAGGACGCCGGCCUGAAUAUCACCGGCCACAUCGUCGGCGUCGUCCCUCACACUAACACUCUGCCCAAGGUGGUCAUUGGCAGCAACCGCACGCUGGGCGCGGAGCAGGUCGGGACCGGCGGCAAGGUGCGCGCUGCCUUCCUGCCCAACGCACGCGCCAGGCUCGUGCCUGGAGCCACCUACUGGGUGCAAGUCGAAACCUACUACUGCAACCCUCUGUGGGACUACUUUGACCCAGCCACGUGCAUUCUGAGAAGCUUCCCGGGCUACAUCUAUGUCUUCACCAUGCCAGGCCGGCCAGCCAACCCGACCAUCCUCAGCGCCAACCACUUUGUGGCGGAGGACGUGGUGCGUGUGGUGGUGAAGAACGGCAGCGCUGGCAUCUCCAGCUACCGCCUCCUGGGAGUGCCGACCACGGGCGCCGGCACCAACAUCACUGCCACGGCGGCAUAUGGCGGCGAGGCCACGACCGUGGAGCUGCGCCCCAGCCAGGACCCCAGGCUGGCCCCAGGCACCUACUCCCCAGGCCGCGCCUACCGGCUGUACGCAUACGCUACCGGCAUGGCUGGCGAGGGCCCAGCCAGCGCGCCAACCACCUUCAACGCCCCGCUCAGGCCGCCUGUGGCCACUGGAGGAGCGGUCAUCAACGGGUACCGCAUCUUAGGCGUGCCUCAGCCCGCUGGCUCCGACCCAAACAUAACUAUGGGCAAUAAGGACAGCCGGGGCAUAUUCGUAACCAACCAGACGGGCGGAGGCCUCACAGGCUUCCUCGUCCAGGCAGUGCGGGCAGCAGGCGCGGGGCCCAUGGUCCCGCUCGGCGGAAGCGCCGACAUGGGCACGGAUGCGGGGAACGGCGAGCGCCAGCUCUCCGCACUGUUGUCCGCCUUCCCGCCUGGCGCCACAUACAACUUUGCCGCCCAGGCCAUCAACGGGGCGGGCUCCGGCCCCUGGAGCGCAAACGUCUCCCUCACAACCCCCAUCCGCCGACCCAGCGCCCCGACUGUCUUUUUUGUGUCAGUCCAUCCGAUCUCUGGCGACGUGCUUGUCACCGUCACAAUGGGGAGCAGCGGGGGCCUACCGAUAUCCAUGCACCGCAUCCUGGCCCAGCCCACAGCUGCCGGCAGCACAGCGGUCAGCAGGAACGUGACCGGAGCAGGGCUGGCGGUGUCUUCUGCCCAGCUCAUGUUCCUAUUCCAGCCUGGCUUCGGCACUGGGCUCUCGCUAGGCACCGCCUACAACAUCACAGCCUUUGCUCGAAACGCGUUGGGCGAGGGGCCUGGCAGCCCCACCUACCGCUUCACUACGCCGCCCAGCAGCGUCCCCUGA